UGUCACACGACACUUAUUUCGUUUGCUGACACACAGUCAGCACAACAUCAACAACCCAAACAAACAGCAAAGGAGCAAGAAGAGAGAUGUGGUGUGGUGGCAGGAUGCACGCUGCCACACGCAGGGUUGCGGGCGCUGUUGCAACAAUGCCCCAUGCGCACGGGUGCGCUUGUGUGCAUGCCUUGUCUGUUGUGAGGAAAGGACAUGGCCAACACCGAGCACGCGGGCAGCCGUGGGCUUGGUGGUUGCAAGCGAGGAGACCAAUGACGAUGAGCCCACAUUCAGAGUCGGCGAAGCUGGCGGCCGCUGCCGCACAUGCACCACCGAUGCCUCGCAUCCAGACGUCCGACAAGGACACUGACGCCCCGAAGGAGCUCUCCUUCUACAACCGCAAUAUCAGAGACAUGGCCCGCAAGCCCACCCACGCACUAUCAGUGAACCACUUGUGGCAGCUCGCCGAAAAGGAGGACCCACCGCAUGAGAGUGCCAAGCUGCUGAGUGCGCAACUCCUUCCUCGCAUUGCACAGAGGCUGCUGCAGUUUCAACAGUUACCGUUCAUUGUUGGGAGCAAUCCCUACAUCAAGCACGUGCACAUCCAAUACUACGACGCAUUUCACAACCUCUUCAUGAUGCGCAAGAAAGUACUCAAGCCCAACUUUUCCAGCAAAUACACGGACUUUCUUCGCUCGCUUGUUGAGCCGCACCUUCAGGUUGCGCGCGUAGUUGCUCGCGGUCUCGCAGAAUCCGUGGACGCCGAUCUCAUUGAUGCGCAGCACGCAAGCACGUUCAUGCGGGAUUUGAUUCGAUCGCGCAUCACCAUUCGUCUCCUCCUCGAGCACCACCUCGCACUGGUUGAGAAGAAGCCAAAUCACGCCGGCAUCAUCGACCUGCAAGUCAAUCCACACGAGGUUGCGCGUGCGUGUGUCGCAAAAGUCACACAGCGAUGCAGUGCUGAAUACGGCCGUGCACCCACCGUCGUGUUUGAUGGAAACUUUAACUUCCACAUCGCCAUGUUCCGCCAUCACCUGGAGUACAUUCUGCUUGAGGUGUUGAAGAACGCUUUCGAUGCAACAGCACGCAGACACGCACAAGCGCCAAGUUUGCCGCCUGUGCGCAUCACAAUGUCGCACGUUACGUCCUUCUUCACCAUCCGCGUCUCCGAUGAGGGCGGCGGCAUCCCGCGUGACAAGGAGGACCAUCUGUGGGCGUUUUCGUUCCAUCCACACGAAAUGCGUAUGACUCAGCAGCGGUUGGAGGCGCUCACGUCCGCUAAAUCCCUGCGCGGUCUUGGCGUCGGCCUGCCCAUGUCCCGCCUCUACGCAGAAUUCCUCGACGGCGACCUAGAUGUGAAAUCGGUGCACGGGUUUGGCUCGGAUGCGUUUCUGACGCUGCCGUGUCUUGAGGCGCACCAGCACCACCUCCUGGAAUGAAGCAGUGCUCGUAACCGUGGCAGUAGUGGUGGGUGCUGUACUUUCGUCUGUCUUUCGUUCCGUUCACAUUAGUUUACACGUGGAUUCUCUUGUUACACGCACAGUGUCAUUCUCUGGUUGUACUAUGUCGUUACGCCAUGAGCAACAACGAGUGAGGGCCAACGCAACGCGCAAGAAAUAAAAGACACCAAGCCAUA